UAGUUUCUUGGAAGACGCUAGCGUGAAAAUAUGCUAUGUGAUUUUUCGUUUUCUUGGACUACAAACCCAUAAUGCUUAAAGGUUGGAAUAUCCAUGGCGGAGAGCAAUGACUGAGGAGUUUGAUGAAGAGGUGAUAUUUGAGAACUCUCCACUCUUCCAGUAUUUGCAGGAUUUAGGGCACACUGAUUUUGAAACAUGCCCAGCUGUGUCACAGGAGGCCGACCAAUAUGCAGAAGACAAGGGGCUGGAGCAACAGGACACCCACAUCAUACAAAGAGAAGGCUUUUUCUUGAAACUGGCUGAGAUUAUUUUGCAGUGGAGUCCUUUUACUCAUGGCAAGACAUCAUUCAGUCCAGAACUGAAACUGGAUAUGGAGUUUCGUCAUUGUUCACUGAACGCCAUCUUUGAACAGGAAGUGCUUCUGCAGGAGGAUGUGGAGUUAAUUGAACUUCUUGACCCAAGUAUCAUGACCACCAGACAAGACCAACAAGCAGAAAAUGGAAAGACUUCUGUACUGCAUUUAUUAGCAGCCCUCAAUCUUUGGGACUACUCUUGUCUGGCUGCUUUGUUUGGGAUGUUUAUUGGCCUGUACAUCCUCCCUGAAUGCAGUUCUUGGCUUGUGUUUGCACCCUGCUUCUUUUUUUUCAUAAUCUACUUGGUUUCUAGGGGCCUAGGCCUCUGGAAGAUGACUAGACUUCAGAUGAAAAUAAGGAGGUGUAGCCAAAAGUUGGAGGAACUUGCUGCUAAUAGUCGGGCAUUCACCAACUUGGUCAGGAAAGCACUGCGUCUGGUGCAGGAGACAGAAGUCAUCUCUAGAGGGUUUACCCUUUUGCUUGACAGGGUCAGUGCUGCUUGUCCAUUUAGUAAAGCCAGCCAACUCCGCAGCCAACAGCUAAUUGGUCUUCGGAAAGCAGUUUACAAAGCCCUGCGUGCCAGCUUCCGUGCUGCUCGACUUGCCACCUGCCACAUGCUGAAGUCUUAUCCUCUAAACUCUGAGAUUGACAAUGUAACCAACUAUGUGUCCAUGGUGCCUCUAAAGGAGUUAGGUCUAGGUCUUUGUGAGGAAAACCUAUCUGAUGAGCAAAUCCAGGAACUCACAGAUGACUACAGCUUGCCUACUCUCAAGGUCCUUUUUCAGUUGUGGGUUGGGCAAAGCUCAGAGUUCUACCGGAGGCUGGCUUUGCUCUUAUCUCCAGCUCAAUCAUAUACAGACUCUGGAAAAAUCUCUAAGCACCUAAUGUAUCAGGUUGUGUCAGAGGUGACUGGAUCAGUGUACCACACCAUGACUGUAUGUUUGGACGAUCUUCGACGCAGUUAUGAGUUUCACCGAUAUUUUGAAAUGCAGCACCAGCCUCAUGGAAAUGGAGAACGCUUUCGAAAGGCUAGACAGAAGUGUAGAGAUCUGAACAGCCUGUACACUGCCGUACGUAGCCUUCAGCUUCAUCUUAAGGCAUUCCUUAAUGAGGUCAUAAUCCUGGAAGAUGAUCUAGAAAAAAUGAUGGUUACAAAAGACCCAGAAGAGAAAACAUGUUCAUUGUAUCUGGACUUGGAACAGAAACUAAGUUUUAUUCAUCCUCAUAUGAAGGCAAGCACUAGUUGCUGGGAAGAAGCAGUGUCUUUAAUAGACAAAAUGGUGCGCAGAGGAACUGACCCUAAAGGAAAGUCACAGACCCCUGAUGAGAGCUUUCCACCAGUUUUAACUCCUGCAUCAUAUACCAUCACUCAUAUAGAAGACCGAGAUCCUGUCCCAGAGGAGCAGGAACUCGAGGCCUAUGUUGAGGACUGUGACUCGGACAGGGAGAACCACAGUGACUGUUUUGAUUACAUGUCUCCUGAGGAAAGGGAGCAGCAAAAGCGAGAACGGGAGGAGUCAAGAAGGGUCUUACAGGAACUCAAAUCUGUGCUCGGCUUACGAGCCUCUGAGAUGGAGAGGCAGAAGUGGAAACAACUGCUGUUCAGCGAACAAGCUGUCUUGAAACCCCUAGAGAUGCUCACACCAGAUGGUACCUCAGAUUUACAUUUAAUUGAAAAUCCUACUUCUUCGCAGAAUGGCGAGGAUGAGAAUGCUCAACAGCAAGUCCACGAGGAGAAAGACUACUGCACAGAAUGUACUAGCAAAGCUGCCAUCAGUCCGGUGGAGUACUGCUGUGGGCAUCAGGAAGGGUUAAAGAACCAAGACUUCACAACUGCCUCAAGUCCCUUGCACUACCAGUAUGAUGGCACACAGGACACAACAGACGAUGAAGUGGACCCUGAGCCCUGUCUGAGCAGCACAGUCAAAGAGAGGCUUAUAGGCCUGCAUGGAUCUGCAGGGAUGUCAUUCAGUUCCAGUCUUGCUGCUCUGGUCGCGGCCCGUUCACAUGACUUUUGCAACAUGCAGGAGCAGACUUUUGGAGAUGACGAUGAAGAGGAAGAUGGUAAUGGUAAAUAAGUAAAGUUAUUAAGAUACAUGAAAGUAUGCAGAUAAAUUGGGAUGUUAUUUUCCAGGACAUUCUCUUCGAAACUGCUUGAAGAUAUUUAUUUUAAUAUUUUCUACAGUAUGUUAUUUAUUGAAACAGAAAUGGUUUUGAUGUUUUGCUUCUUUCAUUUUUUUUCAUCUCCCUCACACUUUUAUUUUUAUAAAAAGAAAAUAUACUUGGAAGAGUUCACAUGAGAUACAUGCACUGGAAGACCUUUCCUUCAUCCUUUUUAUUUGUUUUCUUCCCUUUCGGAAACAUUCAGAGGCUUUCUGCUCAAAUGUUGACCAGGCACCAGGAAAGGUAAUGUGAAAACUUUUCAGUGCUUACACACAAAUGGUGGUUCAGUGUAGUUGGAGGCACUGCACUGACCUGCCUGGGCAGCAUUUGUUAUAUUCUAGUCCAUGUCAUAUGUUGAUUUGAUUUCUUUGACAUAUUAAUGGCAUCUGACAGACAGGUUAGAAAUUUAUUGCAUUUCUGUGUGCUGGUGAUGGCAGACACAGUUUUGUAAGUGCUGCUCUCUAAAGUCGAAAAGGUGGCUGUGUGAAGCUAAUCCUGUGUGUCUUGCCAAAACAGAAUGGAAGAGGCGAAUAUUGUUGAACUAAUCCAGUAAAUCAGGUGUCACAUAAAGGGAAGCAAAGUAUCUGCAGAGCAUGAAAAUAAGCACUCACAGCUGGAUUGUCUGGUUGUCCUUCAUCACAUUAUGGGUACCAAAUGACGGUCUACACAAUCUGUCAAGAACUCUACUCAAGGUUAACAGAUUGAUUUUUAGAUAUAUUCAUGUCUUCUGCAUGUGUCAGGUGUGAAAUGCUCCAUCAAAGAAUAUUAUUUUCGCUUCCAUGUGUUUCAUUAUCCACUAUGAUAUUUACUUCUGCAUCUCUUCAACAAAGUCCACAAUGUGCAUGAUUUCUGUUGGAUAUUCUUCUUCAGAUAAAAUCAAUUUUGAGUCUAAACACUGCUCUGGACUUUGUAUAGUAGUUUUUACUCGUUUUGUUUACAACAGAGCAAUCGUCAUACCACCAUUUACCUCCGAAGGCAUAGGAAUGUCAUUGAUCUUAGCAAAGGAUCAUUCACCACCUGUACACGUAUUUGGCUGAAGCCUGCAUUUCACAAACUUUGUGAGCCAACCUCUGGAAUCAGAUGGCUGCAGUACUGUUACAUUAGUGCAUUUAAUACACAGAGUACCCGUUGAUUAUUGUAGUUUUGUUCUAAAGCCAUUUUUUAGUACUUAUUAGUAAAUUACUUUUGUGCAGUGUUUCUUUAUCCCCAAAAUAUCAUGUGAAGUAUUAAAAUACAUUGCUAUGCCAACAGUAAUACAUAUUAGCAAAGGGGGACAAGUCUGAUUUUUCAAUAGAAAGAAUUAAACCAAAUUAAGCGUCUGUCAGAAGUCUUACUCUUUCUUGUCACACAGCAUCUUGUUCUGAUGGCUUUGAUGGGACAUUCAGCGCGGUCACUCCACACCAUUGCCUUUGCACUCCCAUGAUUCUUCAUUCUUGUUGCUUUAACUGUAUUUUACUUGGUUUGGUUUUGUUUAGUCAGUCAACACUGUCUUUACCUCUGUGCAUUUAGAUCAUGUCCAUCAUACAGAUUUUAUAGUUUGCAUAAAUAAAUUCCAUCAAUCGAUUUUCUGAUCUAAUUUCUGACUUUAAUUGUAAACUGACACUUGUCUUUGCCUUUUUAUAACUAUUGAUGUUUUAGACAAUGCCUGUAUGGAGUUUGUGUGCUUUCCUUGUGUCGUGGUAGGAUUGUCUCAGGGCUUAUUUCUAUUUCAAAGGCCAUUUUAGGAUAAAUGGCCCAGAUUGUGUGUGUGUCUGUGUGUUUAUACGUGAGCGCUGUGAUGGGAUUUUCCAGGGUUAUAUCCCACUUUGUGUCCAACACGACUGUGCACAAGUGACCCCAAAUUGGAUUAAGCAUGUUUGAGAUCACUACCAGCAUUUACUAGCAUGAUGUUGGGGAGUUUUGUAAAUGAGUCUGCACUUUCUUUUCUUUUCAAGAACUCUGCUUAAAGAAAUGCUCCACCCAAAAAUGAUAUUUUUUUAUAUUACACCAUGUAGUUUGUAGUGUUUUCAUGCAGAAAGGAGAGAAAGAAGUUAUCACAUUUCUGAAGUCAAUAGUGACCAAUGCUGUAAAAUGGGAAACACAGUGAAACAAGUACAUGGAAAAAAUGAAAAGAAAAUAUUCUUGUCACAUAAUCCACAUGUCACUUAUCCUCUCAUAGUAGUAUUACUGCUUAUUUAGCAGACACCUUUAGCUAAGGUGAAGCUAAGCUGAACUAAAAUCUUUAAUGAAAAGGUGUGUUUUCAAAUGUUGCCUAAACACAAGAAAGGUGGGUGCAGUACGACAAGAUAAAGGAAGAUGACUCCACAGCUUUGGAGCAAGAAUAGAGAAGCAUUGGCCAGUCUUGCAAGGCAGAGGUAGAAUGAGAACUUCAUGAAGGGACAAAAGGAGAGACCAAGGAGUGGACAUAUUGAGGAGGAAAACUGAUCAGAGAACCGUAGGUCAAGACUAGAGUUUUGAACUGGAUCCUUGCAGCAACAGGAAGUCAGUGGAGAGGCAGAAACAGAAGAGUAAUAAGAGUUAAGUGAGGAACGGAAACCACCAGUUGAGCAGUUGCAUUCCUGUGGAACUGGAGAGGUCUGACAGCAGUUGAUGGAAGUCCCACUAAGAGUGAACAAGGAGUUGCAUGGUAUAGUUAGUGAGAAAGGGCCGAAUCCUCUGGAUAUUAUGCUCAAAACAUGUAAAAUAUUAAAUGUUAACCACUGGAAAAAUCACUGCACAUCAAACAAGAAACUAAUUUCCAUAAUACUGUGCCUUUGAAUUCAAGAUAGGACUCAACCAAUGAAUAAGGUGGAGAGGCAGAUAACAUAAAAACACAUGUUUUUGGGUGGAAUAUUCCUUUAAAUAUGAGAGCUCAGGCCCUUUUUAUGGAGUAAUUUGCCAAAAAAAACAAAGACUGCUUAAAGAAUAAACAGUAUUUAUGUAACUUUAGUUAUCCAUUUUUUUUUAUGAAUUUGUUUUUUCAAUUACUUGUUCAUCAAGUGCCAGAACAGCAGUGCUGUGAGUGAGAGGCCAAAACCAGACCAUCAUGGGGCCCUUUGUUAUAUAUGUGAUGGAUUUAAUAAAAUCUGUAUGAUUGACAGAAUACAAAGUAAUACUAGAAGGGGGGUCAUUUGUCAUCUUUCUUUAGGGCUGCCUGGUAAGUUCUCAUAUCACAAGAUGAAGACGAAGUAGUGGCACUGUGGCUAAGGAUCUGUACUGCAAACCUGCUUACAUUUAGACCAAAGGUAUUGACACGUCUCACGUAAGACCCAAGGUUUAUUCAGGCUAUAAAAGUGCCAACAGCAUUAAUGCUGAGCGUUACUUGGGCAGCUGUGCAGACACAUCUUCUCCUAGCCUCAUAUUUGCGCCUCUCAUCAGCAGUGAUGACGAAGUGAAUCUGUCUUCAGGCAGUGAAAUUGAAACGGUCAGUAGAACCAAAAGUAGUUCUGGGAAUCGGAAAGUGACACUCACGUCACUCACACAUACAUGGGCAGUGUGCUGUUCAUAUUACUACUAUUCAUCGUUAGUAUUAUUUGUAUCAUUAUUGUACUUUUUACACUUCUGACUUUGUACUUUCAGUGUUUUGCAUGUCUUACAGUAGAAAGCCAAAGCUUUUCAAGACAAAAUAUGCAACACUUUUUACAUGUUGUGUUGGUUUUUUUUUUUUUGGAGAAACUGGAGAGAUUUACGUGAAGAAUACUCCAGGGGUGUUUUACAAAGGCAGACCCCCCCAAAGGUCAUGCAAAAAGACAAUUUCCCCUCGGGGAUUAAUAAAGUAUAUUGAAUCAAAAUGAAAUCAGAAUUGCACAGAGUGACAUUAGGUGGGAUGGCUAAUAGUCUCCUGAAGACAAAUUAAUUCUGAAAUCCUUAAUUUGGCAUUUUUCAAUUGAAGUAAUUAGUCCUGCCUAAAUUGAAACAUCAGUAAAAUGACAUGUAUUCUGCUAAAAGAUGUGUGUAACUAUUCCAAUGUCCUGUCAAUUCAUUUUAAAGAAUUGGUUGAUUAUUUAAACUCUAUUGAACACUUAUAAGCUAGAGCCUUUCUUGAGCUUUAUCUCGCCAUUUCUGAGUUUCAGGGCAAGACACCCACAUUAAAGGAGCUUUUUAAUGCUGGGGGGUGGGGGUUUGUUAGGGUGCUUAUUUUGAGAAUUUCUCUAACAAACCUCUGAAGUUGUAGACAAGUUGGAACAAGUAAAUCUCUAACACGAGGUAGUUUUGUAACCAAAAAAACCCUCUAUAUUCAGAAUGACGUGCACAGGAAGAUGAAGAAGUAACUGCAUACGGCCACAAAAUUACAACUGAUUACAUUUUUAGAAGUGCUGUCAUGUGGUUAAAAAUGAGUGUGUCAUACCCGUCACUGCUAUAUCUCAUCACACAUACCCAGUUAUACACGCAAAGUGUCUCUGUAAGUACAUAGACUUCAAUGUGCAGUGGUGUACAAAAGUUUACGCACUCCUGUUCAAGUGAAGGCUUCCACUGAAUGUCCAAGUGAAAAGAAGCCGCCAGCCUCAACAGGGUACGAAUGCAAUCAUGACACAUUCCAGCACAUUUAAAUGCUUAAUACCCAUUUAUUUGGUGAAUGUAAGAGUGCAAAAAAAUAUGAAUGUAGCACAUGCAAAAGUGGGUAAGGUCUCACUUGAACAUUUGGUGAAACGUAAUUUGAGCAGGGGUGCCCGUACUUAUUCACAGCAACCUCUUUUUUUUUUUUCCCUUUGAAUACCUACAUUGUGCACUUCUCGAGUUUAGUGUAGUCAGCAGGAUCGGCUUGGCCCUGCUGUGGAGUACCAUACAUGUACACGUGAAUACAAUUGUCCUCACAAUGCUAUCAAUCAAAGAGAGAGUUUCAACUGCAUUGGUGGAGUUCUGGUAUUUUUUCUUUUUUUUGUGGCAAAUGUCUAUCUCUACUCAUUGUGCAUUAUCUCAAUUUUGUCCAGAUAAAUAAACAAUGUUUUUCCAAUGUA